GAAACAUCAUGGCUCGUGACAUCGUGAAAGCGGCCAAAUCGGCAUCGAAUGUGAUAGCUGUGCACAAGAAAUACACUGUUCAAUCUACUGGUAUAUGGGAACGCAUUCGCCGCCUCCUUGCUGUCGACCCAAAUCGCUCAACCGGUGUUCCCUUGAACGCUCAAUAUCGUCUCCCGACUCCGGGAUCUCUGCCUCCUCUAUCAUACGAUGAUCCGGUUACCGUUCCGGCUGGUGAUUUGGCAGACAACCCCUACUGGAAACGUGAUGUUCGGAGAAGCUACCCCAGGCUUAGUGCAGUCACUCAGGCGGAUGCCGUUGGCCUUCUCAGCGUAGGAAGUCAAGCCACUCCCAAAGAUGAUGUCCUACAGAUUGGCGAGGCUGGAGAAAAGCAGCUGGUUUCAGUCAAGCAACAGGGGGAAGAGCGCGGUCUUGCUGCCCUGUUCGAGAAGGAUAAGAAUGGGAUCAAGGAAGUCCUCAGCGCCAACGGUUUGCCGCCAUUGCCAUGCAACCUGAACCCCUCGGGCACCAAAUACGAGCUCGGCCAUGAACAUGGCUACCCUGACGUCUACCCCUGCCGCACCUUCAUUUAGCUUUCCCGCCUGGUCAUCGGGUGAAGUAUAAAGGGAAUUGCGAUCACAGUUACUCUUUUCUUACUAGAAGUUCUCACACCGGCCCAACUUGUCCCCGUCUUCGCGGAUAAGUGGAUUGUUUACUGCAAUUGUAGUUCUUGGUGGGCUUGCAUGUAAAUUGUAGAUAAAUGAAAUGAUGCCGUGCUCAUACAUGGACUGGCGAUUCUGUUAUUUAGCCAAAAAUAAGAGCCGCUGUAUUGAUCGGAAGAUGAUAGAUAACGAUAUUACUAUCUGUUGCCAGAUCAAUGUGGCACGGGUUCUCGAAAUGCUGGGUGAGACCGGGAAUGUCCAAGCAUCUCACGACUUACCAAGUCGACUAAAAACCAUAGCUAGGUACUAGUCAGUCCUUGCAUGUCAAUAGAAUGUAC